AUGGGAACCUUGGGUUGUGGAAUCAGGAGCAAGGAAACUGAGGAGCCCAAAGCAAGAGGCCAGCUCCCACAGUGGCCUAUGCACCAUUUGGAUCAGGUAAACUGGGAGUGGAGGACCCAGGGACUGGUCAAUCAGAAGCUAAAGCAAAAAGCCUGCUUCUGCAGCACAUAUGCAGAGUCCAUGCUGCCCCAAGCCAGCAGCAUGGGCACUGGGACUAGGGACCUGGAAGAGGAGGAAGGAAUCAGAACCAGAAUCUCUGGCCUAGUCAUUCUGCAUACACACCCUCUAGAGCAGAGGAUCUGGGAGUUGGGGACCCAGGAGCAGGUGAAGUUUGAAAAAUGUCAAAUUACAGCAGCAACAGCAUCUGUUAAUCUGAAAGUGAGUCCUAAAAGCGGACGACCUGCAGCUACGGAGGUCAAGAUUCCAAACCCAAGAGGCAGACCUAAAAUAGUAAAACAGCCUUGUCCUUCAGAGAGUGACAUGUUUGCUGAUGAAGUUAAAAGUAAGAAAAAGGGGCAAGUGGAAAAACAACCUGAAAAGCAACUUAAAAAGGAAGAGGAAGGCCAAAAAGAAGAGGAUAAGCCAAGAAAAGAACCAGAUAAAAAAGAGGGGAAGAAAGAAGUUGAAUCAAAAAGGAAAAAAUUACCUAAAACUGGGGUUGCAUCAGCCUCUGGUUCUGAACAGGAAGGAGAUGAUCAAGAAGGUGAAAAGAAGAGGAAGGGUGGAAGAAACUUUCAGACUGUUCACAGAAGGAAUAUGCUGAAAGGGCAGCAUGAGAAAGAAGCAGCAGAUGGAAAACGCAAGCAGGAGGAACAAAUGGAGACAGAACACCAAACAGCAUGUAAUCUACACAUUAAUCCAGUUACUGAAAAGAGAAUACAAGUGGAGCAAACAAGAGAUGAAGAUACUGAGACAGACUCAUUGGACUGAAUUUCCCCUUACCCCCUUGGUGGAAGAAUGUUCCAGAUUCUAAAUUGAGGACUUCACUAUUAAUGGCAUUAUUACUGUGUUAUGAUUGUUAACAGUAUUUCCUGUAAGGUAUACACUACAUAUUAAGGUCGGCCAUCAUU